UGUAAAAACGAGAAUUACUCAUUAAAAGUGUGUCUUGCACAUUCAUUCUGAGAAGAAGGAUCUUAAAAUCUACAAACGUUAAUUAACAGUUAUUUUUACAAUCUGAAAUUAUAGCCUCACAAUAUUUCUCCCCGGUUGAGUUCUGUACAUUGACACACUGUAAUCACCAGCGCGCAGAUCCCGGGCACGAUGGGGUUAGCCCGAGUGACGCACACAGAGGUUUUAACACCAACGGGACUCUUUCUCCUCUUUUCAAUUUCAACUGGAAAGAGAAAGGAAAAGGGUCUUGCAGCUUGAUAACCUCAUCAGAACAGCAGUUGGGCACAGGGGUUAAUAACUAAAACCCUCCCCGGCAGAGAGACACGAAGCCAGCAGGUAAUAUUAGAACCGCAGCUGCGGAGGUACUACAACACAGUGAAACCGCGCAGCACGGAUUCAUCAGGUAUUUUGGAUAGUUGAAGGGACGCAGAAACGCACAAAGGUGAAAGAGGAAGAUGCUGUGGUGUCUGGUUGCUGUGCAGCUGUUCUUGGUGCCAGCUCUCCUGCUGCCUAGUGGGGACCACUGGGAGGAAUGGAGUCCCUAUGGAGAAUGUAGCAGGAGCUGUGGCAGUGGGGUUACCAUGAGAACCAGGAGAUGUGUUACCCAGAGGACUGAUGGAGGGAACAACUGUGUGGGGCCAGACAAGUCCUACCGCUCAUGUAACAUCCAGGACUGCCCAGGGGGAUCCAGAGACUUCAGAGAGGAACAGUGUUCUCAGUUUGAUGGAUCUGACUUCCAGGGAAAACGAUACAAAUGGCUCCCAUACUAUGGAGCUGACAACCCUUGUGAGCUGAACUGUAUACCCAGGGGAGAGAACUUCUUCUACCGCCACCAGACAGCUGUGGUUGACGGCACGCCCUGCCACCCCGGGAGGAAGGAUGUGUGUGUGGAUGGCGUCUGUAAGCGUCUGGGCUGUGACAACAUGCUGGAGUCCCCCCAGCAGGAGGACCCCUGUCUGCAGUGUGGGGGCAACGGACAGUCCUGCUACCCAGUUAGGAGUACCUUCAAUAUUAACAACCUGCCCAAAGGGUAUAACCAGCUGUUUAUCAUCCCUGUGGGAGCCACCUCCAUCCGCAUCGGAGAGACUGUUGCCACUCGUAACUACCUGGCCGUUAAGAACCUGCGUGGUGAGUACUACCUGAACGGCCACUGGGUGAUUGAGUUCUCCAGGGCUACUCCAGUAGCAGGCACCAUGCUAUACUACCAGAGAGGGGCGGAGGGAGAGAUGACUCCUGAGACCAUCAUCGGUCGCGGACCCACCACCGAGCCGCUGGUUAUAGAGUUGAUCAGCCAGGAACAUAACCAGGGAGUAGAGUACGAGUACUACCUCCCUAACGGUCACUCCAGAGAGGGUCACUACUGGAGCUUCGGCUCCUGGGCUGCCUGCAGCAGAGAGUGUGGCUCAGGGUACCAGUCUCGUCUGGUGUUCUGUGCCAUCGAUAACGAGGCCUACCCAGACUACCUGUGCUCCGCCUUGCCACGCCCCCUCACCAACCGCACCUGCAACACUCAGCAGUGUCCUCAGACUCAGAGCUGGUCGACAGGUGAAUGGAACGUGUGCUCUGUAUCGUGUGGCGGCGGCUCCCAGGUGCGCAGUGUGCAGUGUGUCUCCCAUGAUGCAUCAGGGCCCCGUGUGGUGGAGGACGCUGUCUGUGCAGCCUACGCCCUCACCCCGCCCACCCUGCAGACCUGCAACAUGCAGCGUUGUGUCUCCUGGAGGGCCUCUGUCUGGAGCGCGUGUUCAGUGACAUGUGGGACAGGGGAUCAGUCCAGAGAGGUGAUGUGUGUCGGUGCAGCAUCAGUCCAGCUAGCAGACACCUCCUGCAUCGCCUCACUCCGCCCUGUAGCCGCCCAGCCCUGCUCCAUGCCCGCAUGCCUACUGUCUGUCAGCUGGCAUGUUGGAGACUGGGGACUGUGCUCUAAGAGAUGUGAGUCAGGUCUGCGUGAGCGCCAAGUGAUGUGUUCUGACCGAGAGAGGAACCUGUACCCAGUGGAACGUUGUAACUCCGUCCCCAAACCCCUCACAGUGGAGACCUGCAACACACAGCCCUGCUACAGCCCACAGGUUGUCCCCAGUAUGCAGGAUCCCAGAGGACAAGACCACACACAGCACGGCGUCCCAGAUCACGCUACAGUCCUCAGACCAGACUCUGCUGACCACCAGACCAACACAGUGUACCAUGGUCACAGCUCCGGGCCAGCCCAACACUGUAGCCGGUCCUACUACGGUUGCUGUCCAGAUGGAGUGAUGGCUGCUGGGGGAACAGGGGGUCUGGGCUGUCCACGGGGAUCCAGCCCUGAGCAGGCUGUCUGUACCACCAACAGGAAAUACAGCCCAGCUCCUACUACUCCCCUCCUACCAGCUGAAAACAGUAUCCAGUGUCGUCUGACCACCUACGGCUGCUGUUUCGACCGUACGUCAGCCGCAGCAGGUCCCGAUGGAGAGGGCUGCCCCACUCCACCCGACAAUGUUCCCAGAACCACCUGUUCUCUGCCCAAGGCGGCCGGCUCCUGCAGUGGCUGGACGGGCCGAUACUUCUACGACGUCACUGCCGCCAAGUGCUCCCACUUCUGGUACGGUGGCUGCCACGGCAACGACAACAACUUCCUGACCCGCGGAGACUGUCAGAGCAGGUGCCCUGGGGCCCGGGCCAGCCAGACCAGCCACACCUACCAGCCGAGCCAGUCAGGCCAUGACAUGCGCAGGCUUCACGGUGCAGCGCGGCACCUCAGGGGGAUCCACUGGAGGGCGCAAGGGAGCCAGCGCCGCAGACCACGCCCACAGGGCCAGGGUCCAUGUCCGGCCCCGCCGCCCAGCCACCUACUCCGUUCAGCAAACCCACCCUGCAGCGAGCCUGACACAGCCAGGGGGGUGAAGAUCGACCAGUCCGACCCGACCACGGUGGAGGCUCUGGUGGGACAGACGGUAGUGUUACCCUGCAGAGUCUCUCCAGCUCCGUCCUCCACCAUCAUAGUGGAGUGGAGGAAGGAUGGAGUCCCUCUCACUACCUUUAGGCAUCAUCCGCAGCCUAAUGGUUCCCUGUUAGUUGGUCCUCUAACUAAGGCUGACUCUGGUUGGUUGCUCUGUGUGGCAACGCGUGACCGUGAGAGAGAUCAUCGCUACGUGUACCUGUCUGUCUCAGAGAACACCAGAGGAUCCCAGGCGGUACAGGACACGACAGGAAGCCUCCCCCAAGAUGGAGCAGACAGGACAGGAGAGACAGGAGUUAACCUGCCGUCAGUACCUCAUCGCCAGCCCUCACCCAAGUUCAGUAUAGACCGAUCAGGUUCGUCGUCUGUGGAGGGGAAAGCAGGGCAGACGGUCAGACUAGCCUGUAAGAUCAUCCCAACGUCAGCACUCUCUUCGGUCAGCCUCCAGUGGACCAGAGAAGGACAGACACUCAACUCUCUCAGACAUGCACAGCAUGCGGACGGCACCCUUGUGAUUGGCCAGUUGAGGUCAGAUGACUCAGGUGUCUACACCUGUACAGGCUCCACCCACAGUCAACUGGAGCAGAGACAGCUCACGCUCAAAGUACAAGGAGACCUGAGGAUCACCAUGCCCCCUAACAAUGUGCAGGUGUCUCAGGGCGGCACGGCCCAGCUCCCCUGUGUGGUGUCUGGGGACAACGUCAGCGUCGGCUGGUCCAGGAAUGGUGUCCCUGUGCGACCAGAUGGUGGGCGUGUUCAGAUGUCAUCAGAUGGUAGUCUGAUCUUGAAUAACGUGCAGCCGGCAGACGAGGGUUCCUACACCUGUAAUGCCUACACUGGAACAUACUCUGUCAGCGCCACAGCUGAAGUGCGCAUCAACAAGGCCUCACGGCAAGGUGUGGACCAGCCAGAGCUGGCUAACUGUGAGCUGAUAGUAUACGCCCGUCUGUGUAACAGCCAGUACUACUCUAGUUUUUGCUGUGCCAGCUGUGCCAGGCACGCCAAGGGAGAGGACAGAUACGGCCAGAUAGGGUAAGGCCCAGGGGGGCAACGAGGUCAUGGCCUGCUAGGGUAUGGGCCAGGGGGCAAGGAGGGCCAGGGGGCAGGAGGGCCAGGGGGCAAGGAGGACCAGGGGACAAGGAGGACCAGGGGACAAGGAGGACCAGG